AUGGAUCGACUGCGCUGUGCAACAGACUCCCUACCGCCAUACUUAUGGCGAGUCCAGUACAGCAGCAGCCAAACGAGCUACUAUCCAGAUUCCAAUAAUAAUGGCCAUCAUGGAUAUGGCCUACAAGCCCGCGACACGCACACAUUCUACACAGAAGACAAACUAGAAUCCUUCCGGCAAUCCGUGGAGCGGCAGUUCACCUGGAGCUGGCGCGGUCCGCAGCCAUACAUCUCUCUGUUCUCGGACGAAGAACAUGCAGAAAACUGGGCUUUGAGGGAGCCGUGGAAAGGCAAUUAUGAUUAUCAUGACGAUACAUCAGACUGGGAGAUCCUCACCAUCAACACAAGGCAGCUGCAGCUGGCAGACAUAUACAUCUUCAAAUUGAGUGACCUGCAGCGCGAGCUGGACGUAUCCCUUCCCGAAAGGGCACAGCAGCACAGCGAAGGGGCGUAUUUGUGUCUGCAUAGAAUUCCUGCAUCUGCGAUUGUGCAGAGGAGGGCUGCUUGGCAAAUCAAACAAGAUCGCAGGUUCAAAAAAUUACCCGAAACGUACUAUCCGCCUGAUGACUACAGUGAUGAUGAGGAGUACGAAUCUGUUCAAAAUAACUUCAAUGAUGACCUCAUGAAAAUGAGCGAGGGAGACUGGUGGUAG